GGAUGAUAUAUGAGAGUUGCUCUAGGUCAAGCAUAUGAAAAGGCAGUUAUCAAAUCACCGAAGAAUUCCUUAGCGAAAGCUUUCUAGGGUAUUUUUUUACUUGUAGGUUUUUUUUGUUGUACUCGCUAAUGGAUGAAAGAGAGGUGGUGGUGUUGUGUUACUGGAAUUGUCAUAUCAAGCAUGGCCCUGAUGGCGUCUACUAUGAAGGAUCGACUCCCAAAGAGAUGAGAGUCAAGAAAAAGACUGACUUUGGCAGAUUUCUUGACGAGCUUUAUCUAAUUACUGGAUUUGAUAAGCAAAAAUCAAAGCUUGAAAUAGUCGCUAGGUACCCUGUUGUUCAAUCACCCAAUAAGUUUCGGUAUCUACUUCACCCUGUGAUGAGCGACGCUAGUUUGGAGAAAAUGCUUGAGGUUCCAAGCAAUCACCCUUGUAUUAACACUGUCGAAUUUUACUUGGAAGCUAAACCAACUUCUAAUGAUCCUCCUCCUCCUGCUCCAAUGGGAAUUAAUCCCCAGAAAAGACAGAAGAGCACACAACAACAAGAGGUGGGGGAUACAAAUUCAGGUUCAGGAUCAACACCGCGUCUUGUGUCUGGUUUGUGGCUUGACGAUGAUACAAUGCGUGUGGGAUUGUUUUUUAAAGAUAUAGAGGAACUGAAGAAGGCAGUGGACUGGUGGUCUAUUAAAAGGCAGAAAAAAUAUUUAGUAAGAGAGACGGACAAGGACAUGUAUGUGUUUGAAUGUGGAAGAUGGCAAUGCAAGUGGUCAAUUUGUGCAGCUAGGAGAGAAGAAGACGGUCUUUUUGAGAUAACCAAGUGUAGUGGUUCACAUACUUGUCACCCUGAAUCUCCUUCACUAAAUGAUUUUGAUGCCGAGCGUGUAGCAUUUGAGAUUGAACGUGUGGUCAGGGUACAGCCCAUGCUCUCAACUGCGGAGUUGGAUAAGUGGUGGAAAGAAAAAUUUGGCUAUGCCCUUGAUGCAUUUGAGGAGGUGGAUAAUGAUGCACAUGGAGUUUUGGAGAAUGCGAAAGUGAAAGCUAUCAAAAAAGUCUUUGGAGAUUGGGAUCAGAGUUUCAGAUUCAUACCCAAGUUAAUGUCUGUGCUUCACUCUUCUAAUGGCCUUCUCGUGGACUGGCAAUAUGAUUCUUUGCCUAAUCCUGAACACGCCUACUUUCGGGGUGUGUUUUGGGCAUUUUCUCAGUCUAUCCAAGGGUUUCAACAUUGUAGACCUCUGAUAGUUGUCGACACCAAAAACUUGGGAGGUAAAUACAAAAUGAAGUUGAUGAUUGCCUCGGCAUUUGAUGCAGUCAAUGAAUAUUUUCCGCUUGCCUUUGCGGUUACUAAAGAAGUAUCCGUCGAUAUUUGGCGCUGGUUUCUCACUAGAAUCAGAGAGAAGGUAACACAGAGGCAAGGCAUUUGCCUCAUCUCCAGUCCCGACCCUGACAUACUCGCUGUUAUUAACGAACCAGGGUCUCAGUGGAAAGAACCCUGGGCUUAUCACAGGUUCUGCCUCGAUCAUCUGUGCUCCAAAUUCGGUAGCGUUUCUCCAGGCUUCGACCACAACAUGGAGUAUCUUGUGGAGAAGGCUGGUCCGUCAAGUCAGAAGGAAGAAUUUGAUUCUUACAUGAAGGAGAUUAAAGAGAAGAAUCCAGAAGGUUGGAAAUGGUUAGACCAAUUUCCUCCACAUCAGUGGGCUCUGGCUCAUGAUGAUGGUCGGAGAUACGGAAUCAUGAAGAUACGUACCAAAGCUCUCUUUGCUCAUUAUAAAAGAUUUCCCAAAGUUGCAAUGGCAGGGGGUGUGAUGCUUAUGUUUGGUGAGCUGAGAGACGCUUUUAAUGAAUCUUUUAGCCGUAGCCGUGGUUCUCUUAAUCGCGGCAAUGUGUACACAGAACAUGUCAUGGAGAAGCUUGAAGAGUUCACUAAAGAUUCCGUUACUUGCGUUGUAACACCGUUGGAAAAAGAUGCAUUUGAGGUCUCAACGACCUCGAAAAAGAAGAAACGAUAUAUGGGUGUGGUGGAUGUCUCAACCCGCGGGAUUGUUCAGUUGAAUGAGUCAACUUGCACUUGUGGAAAGUUUCAAAGGAACAAGCUCCUAUGUCUGCACGCUCUAGCAGUCUGCGAUAAGCUGAAAAUAAACCCGUUGCAGUAUGUAGAUGACUGUUACACUCUUGAACGGUAUCACAAAACGUAUGCAGCUACAUUUUCUCCUGUUCCGGAGUUAUCAGCUUGGCCGGAAGCUUGUGGAGUUCCAACAUUGCUUCCUCCGGUCAUUGAGCUGCCUCCACCUAAAGUAUCAGGAAAAGGGAAAGAGAUCGAGGAUGAUCAUCUGAAUCUGGAAGAAGACGAAGAAGAAGAAAAUGGUGAUGAUGAUGAUAAUGACGAGGAAGAUGAUGAUGAUGAGGACGAGGAAGAUGAUGAUGUUGAUGAUGACGAGGAAGAUGAGUGGUAAUGUUGCUUGUUGCAUAAUGAGAUAUUAAGAUACGAUCAGUAGGAUUCAUUCAUGCCCACUUUUAAACAGCCUUUUGAAGUUUUGGUUUGCUUCCUUCUAGUUGGAAAGAUUUUGGGUCGAACCAGACUUGGGAUUAAACCAGAGAAUCUUUUUCAA